AAACAAACAAGGCCUAACGAGAACCGCGCAGCAAGUGUUAUCCCAUUUCGGAAGAAAUAGGCUGCUCCCUCUGUUGCCACCCUCUGUUUUGGACUGCAAGUGUUAUGCCACCCUCUGUUGGACUGCUCCCUCUGUUUUCUUUCUUCCUUUUAUAAAAUUUUAAUUUAGCAAAAAAAAAAAGUGUUAUCCCAAAGGCGGGAAAAACCAAAAAGGGAAAAAUAAAGAAGAAAAUACUAUUCCCCCAAACAAUUUUGCUCCAGUUUUAUUGCGUAUAUCUGUGGAUCUCUCGCUCUCUACUUGCAGAAACCUAGGGUUUCAAGUUAACAAUGGCGGAGAACAACGACACCGCGACGAAAUCGAUCAUCGCCGACGUCGCCGACAAACUCGCGGCCAAGAAAGCUUGUCCUAACAAAGAUUUCCUCAUCAAACUGCUGCGACAAGCUGCCAGUACACUCCCCGAGUUAAAGCAAUCACCGCAGCUGAGUGCCGUUGUAAAGCCCCUGACUGAUUCUCUUGUCAAGCAUAGUUUACUCGUGCAUAAAGACAAAGAUGUAAAACUACUUGUUGCCAUAUGCUUCUGUGAAAUUAUUCGGAUUUUGGCACCAAAUCCGGAUUUCAGCGAUGAAAUAUUGAGGGACAUUUUUAAGCUUUUCAUAAGUAUGUUUGAGGAACUUGCUGAUACCUCAAGCCCAUAUUUCUCGAGGAGGGUGAAAUUAUUGGAAACUGUUGCCAAGCUGGAAUUCUGUGUCCUAAUGAUAGACACAGGUUCUGAAGAUUUAAUUCUUAAAAUGUUCACCGUCUUUUAUGAUGUUGUGAGGGAACAGCAUCCACAGAGUGUGCUCAAUGCAAUGUCAUCCACAAUGGCUCUAAUUUUAAAAGAGAAAGUUUCCGAGCCACUUUUAGUAGUGACCCUGCAGAAUCUUCUGAAUGAAGCAAAGGCUGCAUCUCCUGCUUUUAAGCUUGCUGUUGCUGUCAUCCAAAGUUGUAGCGAAGAGCUUGAGCCAUCUGUUUGUGGUUUUUUAACAUCUUGUAUAUUGGACAGAAAUGCCGUGGGGAACGAACUUAGAGAAUUUUACCAUGAAAUCAUCUUUGAAAUUUUCCGCUGUGCUCCUCAUAUGCUGCUUGCUGUCAUCCCGAACUUAAAUCAUGAGUUACUGACUGACCAAGUAGAUGUCCGAAUAAAGGCCAUUAAUUUGAUUGGAAGACUUUUUGCUCUGCCUGGAUGCCAUGUUGCACAGGAAUAUCGCCAUGUCUUUGUAGAGUUCCUCAAUAGGUUUUCCGACAAAUCUUCUGAAGUUAGAAUUAGUGUUCUUGCAUGCGCUAAAGCUUUCUACAUGACUCAUCCUUCAGUAAAAGAAUCAGAGGAAAUACUGAUGGCUGUUGAAGAGCGACUAUUAGAUUUUGAUGACAAGGUGAGAUCUCAAGCAGUUACUGUGGUUGCUGAUCUGGCCAAGUCUAACAUUCAAUUAUUUCCACCUAACCUGAUUUCUGAGGCUGCUAAAAGAUUUCGCGAUAAAAAGGUCACUGUUCGGCGGAGAGCUUUGCAAAAGUUGCUGCCAAUCUAUCAUAAUUAUUGUGCAAAAUGUUCUGAAGGGUUAAUGUCACUUAGCGAUCACUUUGAAGCGAUCCCUUGUGGAAUGUUAAUGCUUUAUUUUGACAAAGACUGCAAGGAUUUCGGGCCCCUGAAUAUGGAGCACAUGCUUGCAGAAGACUUAUUUCCUGCUUCACUUUCUGUCGAAGAGAGGACUAGGCACUGGAUAUUCUUUGUAUCACUUCCUAAAAUUUUCUCAGCAUCUCAUGAAAAGGCAUUAAAUACUAUUCUAUCUCAGAAACAGAGGUUGCAGACUGAGUUGAAACUAUAUUUAGUGCUUCGUAAAAAUGAAGAGGAGAUUGGUUCCGAAGAAAUGAAAAGGCGAAAGCAAAAACAGUUUAUGAAAAUGUCAAAAUUCUUUCUUGAUCCUUCCAAAGUAGGAGAGUGUUUUAAUAUACUGGACGAAGUGAAGGAUUGUCUGCUUUUUAACAAGCUGGAAGAGCUGUUAGACGAGGUUACCAUUGAAAGUGGCCAGGCUCUCAUUGAGAGCCUGGUGCGAGAUUUUGGGGAUCAGCAUUCAGAUUCUGGCUUUCUAAAGCUGCUCUUGAAGAAAUGUUUUUUAAACAUUUUUGGUUCAGAGCAUGUCAGCUGCAUUUUAAAUCAGCUUUCUAGCGAUAUUUUUGGAGACAAGACACUAAAUGAUUCAUCUAUGAAACUUCUUUUGAUCAUCAUCAGCAAUCUGCCGUCACUGAUAAGGGGACUGGAGGAACAGUUCUGUAGUUUUUUACUACAAGGGGAUAUCCCAUUUAAUGACGAGUUGAUUCUGAUGAUAGCUAAAGCAGGCCCUUAUAUUUCUCACAAACUCAGUGAUCUGUACCCGUCCUUGGAGAGGAUAUGCCUUACGGGAACGCGCAAUCAGUCUAAACUUGCUGUUUCAGCAAUUGCUGCAAUAGCUGGUUCUUCUGAGCAUAGUAUUUUCACAAAGUUAUGCAAGAAACUAGUGGAUGCUAUGGAAGGUGGUCAGAAUAUUCCAACAGUGCUGCAAUCCUUGGGUUGCCUAGCCCAAUAUUCUGCUCCAACAUUUGAAUCCCAUGUUCAAGAUAUCGGUCAAUAUAUUGUUGAGAAAUUUUUACAGGUGGAGAUAUCAGAUGAUAUAAGUUCAUUUGAGAAGACUUCUAACUAUACCAGCUCAAACCGAUUAAAGAUUUAUGGUCUUAAAGCACUUGUGAAAAGUUGUUUGCCACACCGACGUACUCAUUCUAGUCGUCACAUUACUAAACUAUUGCAAGAAAUAUUGCAAAUGCUUCAGAAGGGUGACUGUUCAGAUCUUACAAUCUCAUGUGAAAAUUCCAAAUUCAUGGUCAGUUUAGCUGCUGCAAAAUCUGUUCUCAGGCUAUCAAGAAGAUGGGAUUUGUAUAUAUCGCCGUCUGUUUUCCGCCUCACAGUUUCCAUGGCCAAGGACCCAUCUUCUUUGAUACGGAGAAAUUUUGUUGACAAAACUUUCAAGCUUCUGCAGGAGCACUGUAUUCCUUGUAGAUAUGCUUGUGCUUUCGCAUUGGCAGCUUCAUGUUCUGAUGAAGACAUGCAAAAAGACUCACUGAGGUAUAUGGCAGAAUAUAUAAGAGAAUACAGCAAAGGAGCUCAUCUGCACCAAAAUUUGCCACGUCAGGGAGGACUUACAGAUUACCCUGUGUACAUUGUAGUUUUCUUGAUCCAUGUACUUGCUCAUGAUGAUCUUUUUCCCCUUGAGGAGUGUAGAGAUGGAGAAGUGUUUGCUCAGUUUUGCAGCCCCCUUUUAUUUACCUUGAAGGCUUUAGUAAAUGCCAAAUUUGUUGAUGGUGACCAAGAUUUUGUGAACAAUGUUGUGUCAAAUUUAAAAAGUAUAUUCAAUGCUAUUAAAAGGGCCGAGGAUGCUGUAAAUUCUCAGGCUACUCCAAAGCUGUAUAUGUUGGCAGACUUUGGACUUUCUUUUGCCAACUCCUUGGAAAACAUUAGUACUCCCAAUUCUCAAUCACCUAGCCAUGUAUUGCUUCCAUCAUCACUAUACAAAAUCUGUACCAGUAAGAAAAGGAAGGCUCUUUCCUGUGCCAGCGACAGGAAUACCUCUACAGAAGUGCCUAAUGAGCUAAGAGAAUUCUCAUGUCCUGUCAGGACUGUUGGUAAAGAUAGCGGGAGUCAAGAGAAUUCUUUAGAGUCAAAUGCCAUAAAGGGCAGUUUAGUAAACAUGGAUAUAUGCAACAAAGUUGAUAUGCCAACAUUUAUGGUUAACUGUCAAGAUAAGAUUCUAAAUGAACUUGGAAAGAGACAGAAUGAAACCCAGGCAGAGAAAGUAGAUACUGUUGGAAAACGGCACCCAGCUCCCUCUUCUUACAUUAUUGAAUCAACAGGGCUGCACAAUGAGUUCUCCCUUGAUGAUGAACUUGACAAAGGUGAAACUGGAAGCUCUGAGCCUCUCACUGGAAAUGAGCAGCUUUCAUCUUCUUGUGCAUCUGUAGCUAUGAAACCCUUAAGAGCUCAUAGGGAAGAUCUUUUAAGUUCUGAUUCACUACAAAAUAUUGAUAGCAUGACAAAGAAUAGCAGUUUACAUGUGGAACCAUCCAAGAUCUUGCAAACCAAGCAGACAGAUCUUUGGAACUCAAAGGAUUCAUGCAGUCUGCAGUUAUUACACUGUGAUCGUCAGGAGCAAUCUUUUCUUAGCGGUCCACAGGAAAUGGUUGAUGCAUAUGGCAGUGAUGCUUCUCAAUCAUUGCCAAACAUGUCGAAGAAAGAGCAUGCAUAUCUAAGUAAAAAGCUUCCUGUGGCAGUGAAGGGGAAUAAAGGACAGCAGGUUUCUGUUAAAACAUUGGCCUCAGAAGUCAUCAAUCAGGAUGUGAUUGCCCAUAGGACUCGGAGACGGAAAAUUUGACUUGUAUCUAUAGCACUCUACUAACAGCAAGCAACAAGCUUUCAGUUCUGACAUAAGAGGUCUGACAUGUAGUUAUCUUGGAGAUCAUCCUUUUCUCAGUAGUUAGUGUAAGGGUUGAUGAAAAUAUUUUUGUUCAUCAGUUUGCAGUUUUACUUAUUUAUGCAGUGAACAUAUAUUUACCACAGUUGAAAUAUGAAUGUCUGCACGGUAUCAAUUA